CAAACUGGAGGUGAAUAAGGAGUUCCCGUUAGUGAUAUGGCAGACGGGCAGCGGUACGCAGACUAAUAUGAACUGCAAUGAAGUGAUCGCCAAUAGGGCCGCAGAGAUAUUAGGCGGAAAGCGUGGCGACCGGUCCGUCCACCCCAACGAUCACGUGAACAAAUCGCAGUCCUCUAACGACACGUACCCCACGGCUAUGCACAUCGCGGCCGCCGUCGAGACCAACGCCGCACUACUGCCCGCUCUCAGCAAACUGUUGGCCGCCCUGCGAGCCAAGGAACGGGAGUUCGCCGCCAUCAUCAAGAAUGGUAGGACACACCUACAGGACGCCACGCCCCUCACCCUCGGCCAGGAGUUCUCGGGCUACGCCACGCAAGUCCAGUACGGCAUAGACCGCAUCAAAGCCGCGUUGGAGCCCCGGCUGUAUUACCUGGCGAUCGGUGGUACGGCUGUGGGCACCGGUCUUAACACCCGCGUGGGCUGGGAUGCGAACGUAGCCAAACAGGUAUCGGACAUAACGCAACUGAACUUCAGGCCGGCGCCCAACAAGUUUGAAGCCCUGGCCUCUCACGACGCGUUUGUCGAGCUGUCCGGCGCUCUCAAUGUGCUCGCCUGUAGUCUCAAUAAGAUUGCUAAUGACGUGCGGCUACUGGCCAGUGGUCCCCGCAGUGGUAUCGGUGAGCUGAUGCUACCG